AUGGACCACGACCACCACGACCACCACGACCACCACCAGCACCACCCGCACCAGUGGCCGACGCUCGACUUCACAAGACACGCCGACCUCAACAACCACGAAUACCCUUCACCUGCAUCACCCGCCUACUCUCUGACAUACCCCCACGCGCAGGACUUUCACGACCCUUCCUCCUCGACCGCGACUGGUGCGCAGUUUGAUCAAAUACCAGCCAGCACCGGGCCACAUCGAUACCGUACUCGCUACAGCCAACGCGCUGCAGAGGGCAAUCAGCCACAAAAUGCUCCCCGGAGAUACCCUGAGCAGCCAUCUGAAUCGUCUCGAGACUCGAGACAGGCGACAUCGAAUAUGUACUACAAUAUGAUGUUGCCAGGUCCAUCACGGCCUCAGACGCCUAGCGGAGCUCAGCCUUCGCUUGAGCCUCUUAACCCACCACCUUCUGCGUCGGAUAACACGUCCACACCGUUCCCUGAGCGCGAAUCGCUGUCGCUAGCUAUUGGCGCCAGUGGCCUCCAGGAUCCCAUGCGGUCACCACAAUUCCCCCUGACGCCGGCUUCUACGUCUUCAUCGUCUUCAUCAUCUGGAUUCAACUCUCGAGUACCUUCCCAUCUCCUACCAAAUCAUCAUUCUCGCUCUGACUCGAGUUCGACGUCAAAUCCACGUUCCGCAUCGCCAGCCCUCAGCGUCGCGUCAGCGUUGACUUCCGUAUCUUCUUCUACCUCUGCGCCGCCGUCAUCAGCGUCCGGCUUCCCGGCCUUGUCAAACCUAGGGUCUAAUGGCGGCGUACCGCAACCUAUUCCUUCGUUGGCUCCACCUCGUGCUAAGCAGCGUAAGCAACGUCUGUUCAACGUUGAUCGCAAAGCCAUAUGCCAAUAUCAUCGUGACAACCCAAACGCACGUCAAGAAGAUAUUGCUGCUCGUUAUGGUGUCGAGCGAAGCACGAUUAGCAAGAUCCUUAAGCAUAGGUCUAAAUGGCUCAACUACCUAAAGCCCUCUCAAUUACGCGUAACUGAUAUCCUUCCUCCUGUGAUUAGGCCCUCCAAAUUCCCACUCAUCGAACUGGAGCUCGUUGCAUGGCUUGCGGAGGCUACUGCUUCAAACACGUCUUUGUCAGACGCGAUGAUCCGUUCCAAAGCUCGAGACAUCGCUCGCGAGCUGAAUAUUGGCGAGGACAAAUUCAAAGCAAGCAGCGGCUGGGUAGAGAACUUCAAACAUCGAAAUGGCAUUCGCGGUGGCAAAUGGCAUAAACUCGCCAAGUUCGGAAGACUCAUUCCCAAAGAACCCACUAACACGGGGAUGAACAUGAUGGGUGGUGGAAUGGGACGCAAUAACGGCAUGGGGCACAAUGUAGGGAUGUCUCAUCAAAGUAUCCACAGGGACGAUCCUAUGGACGGAGACGAACCGUCCAGCGCGAUGACGGACCACAUUUCACUUGCCCUGCAGCCGGCGUGGCCGACUGCUUCUGAACGCCAGCACCAUUCCUCUCAGCAAAGCUCGUCUUCUGAUCUAGAUGGAUAUCACCAUCAUCACGGCGUGGAAAAUCAACAUGACCCACCUCAGCACGUACAUCAUUCUCAGGACGACAUGCACAUGCACCAAUCGGUCAUCGACCCCCAGCUUCAACACAUACAACAUGAUCCACCAGCAGUGACCAUGCCCGUGCUUAUCCAGGGUGCGCCUGCUGUCUACAUACAGACCCAGUCUGGACAGGAAAUAUAUCAUACGGAUGGUCCGCGUUUGCCGACCGCCCCUCGUCAACCAACAUUAGCGGACGCAGAAGAAGCAAUAGAUACGUUGAUAACAUUCCUGGAGACGGCUGGUAAAGGGAUCGUCAACCCCGAUGAACGGGACGCUUUGACUCAGGUCAAGUGCGCCCUCUUCCAAGCCGGCAGUGGCGUUCCCUACGAUCGAGGUGGAUGA